GAGAAGCCUCCAGUGACAAUUGCGUCUGGGUCCAAGCAAACAUGAGGCAGCUGCCAGCCGGACCAGGCAGUCUGGCUCGUUCAGGCUGCAAAGCGGGAAGAUUAGUGACGGUCCCUUUCAGCAGCCGAGAUGCAGAGGACCAAGGAAGCAAUGAAGGCAUCGGAUGGCAGCCUCCUGGGAGACCCUGGGCGCAUACCGCUGAGCAAGAGGGAAGGCAUCAAGUGGCAGAGGCCACGGUUCACCCGCCAGGCCCUGAUGCGUUGCUGCUUAAUCAAGUGGAUCCUGUCCAGUGCUGCCCCACAAGGCUCAGCAGUGACAGUGAACUGGAGUUGUCCACGGUGCGCCAUCAGCCAGAGGGCUUGGACCAGCUACAGGCCCAAACCAAGUUCACCAAGAAGGAGCUGCAGUCCCUGUACCGCGGCUUCAAGAACGAAUGUCCCACGGGCCUGGUAGAUGAAGAUACCUUCAAACUCAUUUAUUCCCAGUUCUUCCCCCAGGGAGAUGCCACCACCUAUGCACACUUCCUCUUCAACGCCUUCGAUGCUGAUGGGAAUGGGGCCAUCCACUUUGAGGACUUUGUGGUUGGGCUCUCCAUCCUGCUUCGAGGGACCGUCCAUGAGAAGCUCAAGUGGGCCUUCAAUCUCUACGACAUCAACAAGGACGGUUACAUCACCAAAGAGGAGAUGCUGGCCAUCAUGAAGUCCAUCUACGACAUGAUGGGCCGCCACACCUACCCUAUCCUGCGGGAGGACGCACCCCUGGAGCAUGUGGAGAGGUUCUUCCAGAAAAUGGACAGGAACCAGGAUGGAGUGGUGACUAUUGAUGAAUUUCUGGAGACUUGUCAGAAGGACGAGAACAUCAUGAGCUCCAUGCAGCUGUUUGAGAACGUCAUCUAGGACAUGUAGGAGGGGACCCUGGGUGGCCAUUGCUUCUCAACCCAGAGAAGCCUCAAUCCUGACAGGAGAAGCCUCCAUGAGAAACAUUUUUCUAAUAUAUUUGCAAAAAGUGAGCAGUUUACUUCCAAGACACAGACACAGUCACACACACACACACACACACACACACACACACACACACACACACACACAGGGUUCCUCUGACUUGGUAAUUGAAGUGGCAGCCUGGAGGCACCCCCAGCUAUUCCCAGGUCCUCUGGGAUGGCCAGCCCAGGCUAGAUGUUACCCACAAGGAGCUCAGAGCCCAAGAGGGCCAGUUAAACAAAGAUAAGGUCCCUGUGUCUUUUCUACCACUUGGGGGAUCAAACUACUCCCUGCCCAUGGACCCAUGCUCCUAGGGAGCUCCCAGAAACUGUUCAGGGGCCAGGAGGGGAGAGGUCUGGUAGGGAGAAGUGGUGUUGGAAGCUGAGCCUGCAGCCUUAUGCUAAUGCUUACCUGGGACCCUGGAACCCCAUCGUCAGGAUAGCUAGUUGGGGUGAACUUAGUGAGGGGCCACUGGGUUAUGCUCUCCUUUAAGAGUAGGGAAGGAUUGAGGGGUUUGGGGAAACCAAGAGAACAAUUUGUCCAUACCACCGGAUGAAGACUGCUGGCCAAUGGGAAUGUGACUGGUGGAGAUCUCCCAACUUCCAGCACCAGGCUGGCCUCUCCAGGGUCCCCUUUGGUCCUCUCGGGAGAUCACCCAGCUCAGGGACUGAUAACCAGGGAGCUAGACUGAAAUGGGAGAGGUCUGGUAGGGGGCAUCCCCCUCUUUUUCCCUGGCCACUUGCCACCCAGUUCCUUAACAUGGCGAAUCGGCCAGCCACACCUCUGCGGCUGUCCUUGAACAGGUUCAUCCCAACCCAGACAAAAAGCACAAACAUCCUAGCACCUCAGGCCAUGCCCACUGGGGGAGGCAGGGGGACCCUGGGUGGGAUGGGGGGCUGGGUCCAUGCAGCCCUGAUCCAGUGUUCGGGGAAGAUGCUCAGAAAUCCAUCCUGUACCUCGGAGCCUUGGGAUCUCACAGACCUUUCCCAGCCCAGCUCGCCAACAUUCUAAAGCACAAACCUGUGGACUCUGCUGGCCUGGGCUGCACCCCGGGGAUCGGUGUCUGUGUUAGCCCUAAGCUGGAGCUAGCCCUGAGGGCUGGGGACUUGUGACCAGGCAGCAGGUCAACAGACCCUCAGGAAGAGAGAGAGCUGUUCCUGCCUCCCCAGAAGGGACAGUGACCCAGGCAGCAUCUUCCUGGAGGAACAAUCCCAUGAAAGUACAUUCCAUCACCUGCAGCCCGGUCUCUGCUCAGGCUCGCUCUGAGAGUCCAUGCGUGUUCCCCAGAAGGCCAGCCCCAGGUUAAGGGAGGUCCUUAGAGGAAGAACGGGGUGACAGUGCCCCUAUACACAGGUGGACCCCCCUCUCAGGGCUGCACUGACCCCAUCUCCAUCCUGACUGGGGCCUCCCUUGACCCUGUCAACAGACCAUCAGCUCUCCCUGGCUCAGGGACCUCCCCUACCCCAGCCUGGCUCUUCCCAAUGAGGUUCCUGUCCUGUGAGAAGCCAAGGCCACGGGAAAAGGCUAUCACUCGAAACCUACUGCGCCCCUUAGCCUCUGGCUGCACGCCCAACCUGGAGGGGUCUGUCCCCUUGGCAGGGACCCAGACGGGCCGCAUGUCUGCAUGGCAGAAGCGUCUCCCUUGGGUGCAGCCUGGAAGGGUGGUUCCUGUCUCGGCGCCCACCAAUAUUCAGUCCUAUAUAUUUUAAUAAAAGAAACUUGACAAAGGA